AUGGCGCUGGUAGGACAGGCUAGCGGGGGAGGGAGGCGCCAGUCCAAGGGGAAACCAGGGGAGAGAGCACCAAAUGACGUCACUGACGUCAAGAAUUUGCAGGUGGGUCCCAGCCGGCUCAGUUGCAGUGGCGGGAAAGGAUAUUCGGGAACACAAACACAGACAAGACAGACCGCGGCGACUGGACAGGGUGCAGAGCUUCCAACUAUGAACACUAUGGACACCGAUGAUUCAGAUUUUCCUGUUAGACGAAAUGAUUCACCAACUAACUCGUCUAGCAGCUUUUUCAUGGCACCGCCACCCCCUCAACCAAGGAAUAGAGUUACUUUUGGGACAGCUCCCCAAUAUUUCAACGCCUCCAAUAUUCUAAACUUUCAUCCUAGCAAUGCUGAUAACAGUGAUGUUGAUGAGGAGGAAGGCAGCAGCAACAUUUCUAUUGAUGAUAUUCACAUCAUGGUGCCAAAUAGAGCAGCCCCUGUCCGAAACCCUCGAGACCGUCAAGAAUCUGAUGAUGACGAUGAUGAUGACAGUGACGAACAGAUGGAUGUAGAUUCCCAUGAGGUUGUGACAAGUAUUUUUUGGAAAGGUAGCAAGUUAGGUGCAGCAGUUUACAACGCUGAGACAUCUGAGGUGUCUAUUUUAGCCGACUUGCUGGAUUUGGCUCCACAAUUUACUAUCACUAAAUCGUUACUUCUGCAGACCAACCCCAGCCAACUUGUUACUUGUGCUCGCCUUUCUGAGACAUUUGUCACCAUCUUGAAAGAAUACUGUGGCCCAGAUCUGGACGCAGCUCCAAAGCGUUGCUACUUGAAUCUGCUCUCCAGCAGCGAAUACAAGCAUGAAUUUAUUAAAAGCAGAAUUCUGGCAAUGCGACUGCCUUCAGAACCUGAGGCCAGCAAGCAAAACGACGAGUCUCACUUGCAUUACAUCCACUCGCUGAUCGACCUGAACAACGACUGCUCUGUGUACGCCUUCGGCGCCCUUUUGAAGUUCCUUGACAAAAGCUGGGCUAACUUGAACCUAGAGGCUAGGGACCAGGUAGCACCGAUUGUUGCUGUGAAAAAAAUCUCUCUAGUAGACAACGUUUGCAUCGACCUCGACACGUUCACUGCGCUGCAGAUUUUUUCCAACCAUAGCGUUCAUGGAGUUGGAAGAGGAAAAUCUACUGUGGUAUCUGAAGGCCUCAGCUUAUUCGCAUUGUUCAACAGGUGCAAAUCAACAUUGGGUUGCAGAGCAAUGAGGAUGAUGAUGCUGAAACCCACAAACAACUUUACAGUUUUGAAUGAAAGGCAGGACGUCAUUGAAUUCUGCAACCAAACAAAUAACAAGAGCUUUGUGACGCAAAUCUUGGAUCACAUGAGAAACGUGAAGGGAGUGCUGAGAAUCCUGACUAAACUGAAGGCAGCUCAGCCAACUGUGAAAGACUGGAAAAGCCUUGUCAAGACUGUGUAUCACGUUGUUGCCAUUGGCGAGCUCUGUGGCUCAAGAGCGGACGAUUGCGCCAUUUUCCAGAAGAUUUCUGACUGCCUGAGUGAUGAUUUGUACAGAGUUGGACAGUCCAUCAAUACCAUCAUGGAUAUGAAUGAAUCAGAGAAGACGAAGCGGUUUGUCGUCCGUGCUGGCGUUGAUGCGUACUUGGACAAAAAAAAACAGGAGUACAGCAACAUGCAAGAUUUGCUGUCCAGUGUCGCAGAGCAUGAACUGGCCAAUUUGCCAGCCUACAUUUCAGAGUGCACUGUCAACUAUAUCCCAGAAAUGGGCUUCAUGCUGGCAAUCCCACUCUGGUCCCCCAACUUAGAGGAAAAGGAUCUUGAGAUUCCUGACUUGCACUUUCUUUUCAUUUCUGAUAUGGUUGCUCAUUACAAAACAGCGCGUUGCAAAGAAUUGGAUCGAGUUCUUGGAGAUGUAUUGACGCACAUCAUGGAAAAAGAAACUGAGAUCAUGGUGAGGCUGAUUCAGUUUGUCGAGAAGAAAAUCCAUUCGAUCACAGAAAUCAUGGAUUUGUUGGCGGAAUUUGAUUGUCUGACAGCAAUGGCUGCUGUUGCUCAGGAAAACAAUUAUGUCCGGCCUGUCUUGACCAAAGACCGUGUGAUGGAUGUAAAAGACGGGAGGCACCCUCUGCAAGAGCUCUGUGUGUCUGAUUACGUUCCAAAUGAUAUCGAAGCUAGCGAGAAAGUUGCAAGAAUGAAGAUUCUGACUGGACCCAAUGCCAGUGGGAAAAGUGUGUACCUGAAACAGGUUGCUCUGAUCUCCUACAUGGCUCAUAUUGGAAGCUUCGUCCCAGCAACCAGUGCUAAAAUAAGCUUAUUCAGCGAGAUUUUCACCAGAAUUAAAACUGUUGAGUCUGUGUCCUCCACCCUCUCCGCUUUUAUGAUUGACUUGCGCCAGAUGGCCCUUGCGCUUCAAUGCUCAUCACCAAACUCAUUGAUUGUCAUUGAUGAGUUCGGGAAAGGAACGUCUGAGCUAGAUGGAUUGGCAUUACUCGCUGCGAGUCUCAAUAAUUUGCUGAAGAGGAAGGAAAAGUGCCCAUUGGUCCUGAUCUCCACGCACUUCCACAGCGUUGCUGAUCUUCUUACAGAUCAAAGCACUCCCAUUUUUCAAAAGCUGACUUUAGACCAUUUGUGCAAUGACAGAGAAGUGAUUUACUUGCAUAAAUUGAAAGAGGGAGGUGUGAACAGCAGCUUUGCACACCAGGUUGCUAAAGCUGCAGGAAUUAAUUCGUCAAUCAUCAGACGAGCUGUUGACGUGUUGGAAGCAAUGCGCCAGAAUACACUGCCAAAAGAGAUGGAUAUGGCGCCUCCUGAUUUUGGCCACGGCAAAAGUCGCGAGGAAGUUGAAAGACAGCGCCAAAAUUUCAUGAGGUACAUGACCACCCCUGACGACGACCUAUCGCAAAUGAAUCCAGAUGAGUAUUUUAGUUUGGUGAAAAACAUUUGAUUAAGCUUAUUUGGUCAGAGUCCAAAACUGCUGGAUAAGUUGUUAAUUUGUUAAUGAUACACAAAGACAAUGUCUGAAAUUUAUUACAGUAUAGCUUUAUUAACUGUAGUGAUUAAAAAUACAUCAGCAUUUUAA